ACAUUUUUUAGUUUGCCGCGCGCCCUAAAAUAGAAAAGUGAAGAAGACAAUGAGGAAAGAGGAGGCCGGGUUCCCAGAGUUCUCUGCACUGCCAACGUAUGCAAACAGGAUGAUGGCUACCGGUGUUUGAAACAAACUCUCUUUUUUAAACCCCCGUUGUGUGUCAGUAAACUUUUUUUUUGUCCCUCCGAGAGAAGAAAACAUCCUCUGCAGGGGUUAUCAGCGGAGCUACUGACUCUAAAACCAGCGUCGUCUUCAGUCUCAGACAGUGUGGAUUGAAAUGGCAAGUCCAAGGAGCAGAAGGGUUCUAAAGGAAGUGAGAACUCAGGAUGAGAAUAAUUUGUGUUUUGAAUGUGGGGCUUUUAACCCUCAGUGGGUCAGUGUGACGUAUGGCAUCUGGAUCUGUCUUGAGUGCUCUGGCAAACACAGAGGCCUUGGAGUUCAUCUCAGUUUUGUGCGCUCUGUCACUAUGGACAAGUGGAAAGACAUAGAGCUUGAGAAGAUGAAAGCAGGUGGGAAUGGAAAAUUUCGCCUAUUCCUCGAACUCCAAGAUGACUAUGAUCCCACCUGGAACCUGCAGGAGAAAUACAACAGCAAAGCUGCUGCGCUGUUCAGAGACAAGGUUGCAACUUUAGCUGAGGGCAAAGAGUGGUCCAUCGAGACGUCGCCUGCCAGAAACUGGACAUCUCCCCAACCCAAGACCAGCCUUUCCUCCUCUCAUCGCUCUGUAGGAGGAUCUGGACAAAAUUCAGCAAAAUCUGGUGAUAAAGCUUUUGAAGACUGGCUGAGUGAUGAUGUCAAUUCUUACCAGAGUGGAGGAGGUUACAGUGGCAAUCAAGAGAAUCGCUACGUUGGCUUUGGCAACACUGUGACUCCAGAGAAGAAGGAAGACGACUUCCUGAACAACGCCAUGUCCUCUAUAUAUACGGGGUGGAGCAGUUUCACUGUUGGCGCCAGCAAGUUCGCCUCCAUUGCUAAAGAUAAUACGACAAAACUGGCCAACCAAGCAACUCUAAAGGCCACAGAGUUAGGACAGUCAUUAAAUGAGAAUGUUAUCAAGCCAACGCAGGAAAAGGUCAAAGAUGGCAAAUUGCUAGAUGAAAUGACAGUCAGCAUCACUGGGCUGGCAAACAAGGUCCAGGGAGCUGGUGCAAAGUUGUCUAACAUGUUCUCUGGAAAACCUGAAGAUGGCUCUGCUGGAGAAAGCUAUCAAAACAUGGAUGGCACAGAGGGGUAUCAGAGCGUUUCUGCCCAGCCUAUAGCAAAGGACUUUUGGGAAACCUUUGGCAGCAACACCUCCUUAAAAGCCAAGAAAUCUCCCAGCAGUGACAGCUGGACCAUCGCUGAUAAUUCUACAAAGAAGAGCUCUGACAGUUGGGACAAUUGGGGCUCCGAGGCAGCAUCCAACAACAAAAACAGCACGGAGGAGAGCUGGGAGGCCUGGGACAACAAUUGGGAAAAUGCAGAUGGUAAGACAAAGAAGAGUCCCACAAAACCUGCUGAGGACAACUGGGAGAAUGCAGACUGGUAGUGACUUCAUAACCAUACCUCACACUUUCCCCUGUUCCUCUCCUCAUCUCACUUGAGUUGGAGUCAGGAAAAGGAGUUGUCUCUGCAUCAUUUCUGUCACUUCAGUCAAAGAUGUAUUAAUUUAUACAGUAAUCCUAGGAACGAGUGAACGAAACCCAGGGUUAUGAUAUGAGCUUAUACUAAAUAAAUAGUCUCAAAAUAUAAAAAUACCAUACGACUUAUGUCAUAUGCUGUAUAUUAAUGUAAAUCAUACACAAUGGAGAGAAUCCUGAUAAGUCGGUGUAGAUAUGGGUUAUAAUUUUACUGCCUGAAGUCCUUCAAAAAAUAAUACACAUAUUGAUGAACAAGAUUUAUAUUAUAUCAUGGGAAUAAUUCACUGGUUUUGAGCAGAUCAGUGAUGCAUGAUAUUGACAUUUUUACAAUGUAAUUUUGCAUCCCCGGACAAUAGAGUUAGAUAAAUUAGUAACAUUAAUUCAUGUUCAAACGAUAAUUUCAUUCCCUUUAUAGUUUCUCACUUUUACUAUACAAAAAGUCAUUAUUUUACUGUUACAAAGACCCUAACGUUCUACCACGCAACGCUGAGAGAUACUACUUUGAGAUCGGUCACUGUUCCAUGCUGGAUUUGUGUUACUUGCGGAUUUAAUACUUGUCUCAAAUUGAUUAAUUUGUUCUCACGGAAACUGAGAUUGUUUAUCCCAUGAAUGAUUUUACCUACCUUUAACUUUAUUCUUGUCUAUCGUGUAACUUUACUUUAUAUAUUGUGAUUUUAUUAUUCAGAUGGAUCUGUGCAACACUCUUCAGCGACGUUUACAGUAGUCUGUUUUAUUUGUGGUAUAUUAUAUAAUUAUACACAUUGAAUUCUUUAUGUAUUGGUUGGAUUGCAUUGCUUGUUAUCAUCUAUUGUUUUUUUUUGUUUUUUUUUUUUGUCGUUUUGGACCUUACCUGCAGUGUGGCUUUUGGUUUCUUGAGCCCACUCAUCUGCUGUGCUCUCUCUUUAUCACUGGGAGUUCCCAACACCUUGAUUAUGAUGCACGUGGAUCAAAUUUUGGAAUGGAAAUUUAACACAAAUGUUGAUUUUUACCUUGGGAAAUCUUGAGAGGUUGAAUCAGACGGUGUUGUCUGAGACAGUUUGACUAUAUAAACGGUUACUUUUUGUAGUUAACCGGGUUUAUGAUGGGACCAGGUUUUUAUCUCCACAAUCCUGCUCAUCCAAACAACAACUAACUGCUCAUGUGAUAAAGUUACUUUUCAUAGUCAGUUGUUUAAUCAUUUCCAACUUUUAGUAUAGUAUAAAAGAUUUCAUCUAAAAACACUCUGCUCAUAGCAGUGAUAUUGUACUGUUGUAAAACUGGAAGUGUAAAUUGUUAUCUGUGUGUUUUUGUGACAGCUCAACCAAUAGGACUGUAACUCAUAUCCUCAGCCGAGCAGAGAAGCUAUUGUAAAAUUAAUGAGCUUGGAACCAACCCUGUGCACGCUACAUCUGUGUCAAGUGUUGUUGAACCUUGAACAUUGCUUGUUUAAUGUCACAGCUUUCUUCACACUAUUAACAUCUGAUGUAGUGUUGAUGAGGCUAAUUAUACGCUGGACGUUCAAGUCAGGGCUCUCAAAACACUUACAGUUCAAUUCUGUUGCAGAAAGAGAGCUGGAAGCUGCUGUCGAUUCAAAUAAAUCUGAUACUAUUAUAAGGGACUAAUGAUUGUGAAUUUGAAAAUUUCUAAAAUGAACAUAAUUUAUAAAACCAGCUUCUGUAAUGUCUGUCACUUUGGUGAGAUGACAUGUUAUAUUUCUCCAGCAAAGACUAAUAAAAGAAGAGAUCGAAAUACAUAAUUUCAUGCCCAUUUCUACCUCAAAGUUACAGUUUACUGAUGAGUACACAGUACCGAACAUGUUUUUCUUUUUCCACAUUCUAAAUUGAUUUCAAAGUAGGCCUUACUGUAGCAGACUUGGUUUUUUUCAGUGACCCAUUUUGUCUUUGUCAAAGCCAGUAUUGUUGUAGUGUAACAUCAGUGACGGUGCAAUUAUACAUGAAAACACAACCACUCACUCCUGGCUCAUUCAUGUUGCUUAACAUGUUCAUGUUUGAUGAUGUGUGGAAUGCCUUACAAUGCCGUGUUAGCGUUUUGUUAAUGUUGGUUUCAUUUUCAUGUGUGUCUGGUGCAGUGAGUUAAAAUGACCUUUUAAAUUCAACCUGAUUAUUGUUAGAAUUGUUUCAAUCAAUUUUAUAACAUGUCAUGAAAUAGUGAAGCAGAAGGUUUUGAAUCAUGAUGUAAAAUCUGGACAAAUCUGCAGUAUAUUUUUGGGGGUUUACUCUAGUUAUUGUUAACCCUCAAAAUGUGUUACUGAGUGAAAUGCAUCAAAUAGGUCUGGAAUGGAAGGUAGAGGAGUUUUUUAAUGGUUAAUUUUCCAUCCACUCAUACUAAACUUAAAUGUAAUGCUCCGGUGUAACAUAUGUGCUCAGUUGUUUUGUAUUUAAACAAUAUUGAGAUUGUCCGUGUGUGUGUUGAUGAAACUCAACUGUCAAAAGUCAAAAGGCUAUUUUUUGAUGUCAUGCAUGUGAUGUAAAAUGAAACAAAAGAAAUGUCACGCUAUUUUCUGAUUUUCCAAAGUUGUUUUCUUCAGUGAAUUAACGUGCAGUCGUCUGCUUCAAGUUUCACCAGCGGCGGUUCCUUGAGGUGAGCCAGUGUUACAAACUCAGUGGAAGCUGUGGUUAAUUUCCUGUACAUACACAUGGCUUCUGUGUUGAAUUAAAAUCCAUUGUGCUGUGAACGCA